CAAGCGACCAUUGCGCACUACCGCCGCGCAGCAGCGAACUGCAGCAGACCCGCACCUCUCUAUAAACCGGAAUAUCUCGCAAGUGGACAGAGGCGGUUGCUGUGUACGAAGUGGAAUUUAUGAGAGAAAAGAAAUCCUAUAAAAGCCAGACAGAGAGAGAGAGUGAAGUUUCAGCGGCGUAAAGAAAAUACAUUGUUUUGUGGUUGGUGUUUUACUUUACAGCGCCUGUCUCUGCCUUGAAGUAGCCUACAUUUUAACCAGCUCCCACGGCUUCUCAGUCCCUCCUCCCGAAACUCAAAGCAAUACUUCAACUCUUGUUGUGGAGGAUAUUCUCGCACUUCGUGUUAUUUUUCUCUCGAAGGACUGAGAUGGUGAAAUUUAUAUGAAAGCAUGCUGUAGAACCAGUUUUGAUAGUUCGCCUUCUGUCAACUUUUUGAUGCAAGUGUGUCGAGCAAGAGAAGCUACUUGAACCGUGUUUGCUGUCCAGCCUGGAUAAACCUUUACUAUGGAUGGACCUCCGAGAGGGACAAUUGACUGCAGCUGAAGGAAACCUCAAUUACAUCAGGACCAUGCGAAAAAAUAUGCAUCCACAAUCCUUUCUAAAGCUUUGUGCAGAGCCAUCAAGACUACAGGAUGACUGAGGCAUGUUGUAUGACAUAUCAGACCACUGAUCAUCAAAGGCCUCCCAAAACGAAGACUUGGAUCAUAAUUCUUUUGUGUUGAAUUUUUUUUUUUUUUUUGGUGUGUGGAAAAACUUUUUAAGUAUUGGACGAAGUAAAAGGAUUGUCUACAUGAGGUGCGGAAACGGACUGGAAGCCCAUGGUUAGCAGGGCAGCUGCUGCAGCUCGUGGAAUAACUUGAGCCCAGACUGUUGGGGAGUCACUUCUUCAGGGGCCAAGGGAUCUCAUCCCAGCACCAACCUGCCCCGUCUGACUUUCCCACCGGUCUAAAGGCAGACCCCACUAUCCAAUGGCAUGGGUCAAGUUCUUCAGGAAGCCAGGGGGCAAUCUGGGGAAAUCGUACCAACCGGGGAGCAUGCUGUCUUUGGCCCCCACCAAAGGACUGUUGAACGAGCCGGGUCAGAACAGCUGUUUCCUCAACAGUGCUGUGCAGGUAUUAUGGCAGCUGGACAUCUUCAGACGCAGCUUGAGGCAGCUGUCUGGACACUUCUGUCUAGGAGAAUCAUGCAUCUUUUGUGCAUUAAAGGGCAUUUUCUCCCAGUUCCAGCACAGUCGUGAGCGCGCCCUGCCCUCUGACAAUCUGCGUCACGCCUUGGCAGAGACCUUUAAGGACGAGCAGCGCUUCCAGCUGGGCUUCAUGGAUGAUGCCGCAGAGUGCUUUGAGAAUAUCCUGGAGAGGAUCCACCUGCACAUUGUGCCUGAGGAGACAGAUGCCUGCACCUCAAAGUCUUGCAUCACGCAUCAGAAGUUUGCUAUGUCACUUUAUGAGCAGUCUGUGUGCCGUAGCUGUGGGGCAUCCUCCGACCCACUGCCGUUUACAGAGCUGGUGCAUUAUGUCUCCACCACCGCUCUCUGUCAACAGAUGCUCCAGAGCAAAGACGAGUCAUUCGGGGAACUGUUACAAGCAGCAAGUACGUUAGGGGACCUUCGUAACUGUCCAAGCAACUGUGGCCAGAAGAUUAGGAUCAGACGGGUCCUCAUGAACUCUCCAGAGAUAGUUACCAUAGGCUUCGUCUGGGACUCUGACCAGUCAGACCUCACAGAAGACGUUAUCCGCUCGCUGGGCUCUCAUCUCAGUCUUUCUGCGCUCUUCUAUAGGGUGACAGAUGAGCAUGCCAAAAAAGGAGAGCUACAGCUUGUGGGGAUGAUCUGCUACUCCAGCCGCCACUACUGUUCCUUCGCCUUCCACACAAAGUCCUCCAAAUGGGUCUUCUUUGAUGACGCCACUGUGAAAGAGAUCGGCUCCAGGUGGAAAGAUGUGGUCAGCAAAUGUAUCAAAGGUCACUUCCAGCCUCUCCUCCUCUUUUAUGCCAACCCUGACGGGAGUGCUAUCCCCACAGAUGAUGCCUCAAAAAAAAACAGCAGCCAGUCUCACAAUAAGACCCUGGUCAAUGGAAAAGUGCAAGGUUUUGAGUCUCCAGUUUUAUCACUCAAGAAGUUGGACCUCACCAGGGAGAAUCUGCACGCCGUGUUGGGCCAAGGUUCUUUCAAAGAAAAGAUCCCUUCGACCUUCAGCAGGGGCAGUGCUCAGACCAGUGGAGGAAGGGGACCAGUGAAAAUUGGCACCAGCGAUCCCAAGAGUCGCCUCAGGGAGAUUUCUCGAGAAGUCGCCCAAAGAGCUGGAGAAGUGCGUGUGAUGCAUCCAUCCAGAAGAGAGCCUGAUAGGAGCGGCCAGCGGAGGCCAGAGUCACGCUACAGAGAUCCAGGUCAGGACAGGACCUACUCCCGCUCCGUCUCCCCUCCAGAGAAUGGCUUCAAACAACACCUGGAAACUCGUCUGUACAGCAGCCAAGGAAAAGGUCCCACACGGACUGAGCGAACACCCUACCUUGGUGGACGGUCCUCACAUGAACCUGCUCGCACUCACUCAAAGGUGCAAGUGUUGCCCAGUGUGCCCAUUAUCAGUAGCGGUCAUUACAGCCGGAAAUUAGACCAUGUCUCCAACGGAUAUGAUACUGACAGCAGCCAAGACUCCAGAGAGCGUCCUGGAAGUGGAGGGAACAGCCGCAGCAGGUCCAGCCGCCCCUGGAAGCCCAUUCGUGAGGCCCUAAAUGUUGACAGUGUUGUGAGUGCCGUUACUAGUGAUCAUUUGGUAAAUCAAGAGCGAAGGCAGCACAGUCCAUGGAGAAGACCUAGCAGUCAGUCGCCCUCCCGUGACCGAGAGCGAGACAGAGAGUUUACAUGGGGAGGCCGAGAAGAGCGCAAACCCAAGAGCCUAAUGACCAUCUAUGAGGAUGAGCAGAGGCAUGAGACAGGGGGCAGCCGAAGCUCGCUGGACUCAGAUGACAAGGACAGGUCAAACGGCGCAGCAAUUCUAAAAGUGCGGAACGACAACUGGAAGAUCCAGCGAACUGAAUCUGGAUAUGAAAGUAGUGACAGACUAAGCAAUGGCUCAGCAAAUCUUGACUCCCCUGUGGUAGAGAACCUUUCUUCCAAGGACCUGCGGCCCACACCUGAGCUGCAUCUGACGAGGGAUCACUUCCUUCAGAGAAAAAGUGAAGAUUUAAAGGCUGACAUAUUGCUAUCUACCUUUCCCACUGGUGAACAAGGAAGACAAUCUCCGGAUCUACAAGAUGCAGGCAACCUCUCUGGUCAGCCAAUACAAAGAAGAAGAGCCUUCCGGUACACUCCCGGGAUCUUGGAGAAAAACAAUGGUCUGGACAGCGAGCAAGAGGAAAACGUGGAUCACAGCCCUGUGAGCCCCGUACAUCUUUACUUGGCAAAGACCAGCAGUUCUGAGUGGAACAGCUCAGAUGACCUCGCUGGACCUUUCUCUGAACUAGAACACAUAGACCCUUUCUCGCUCAACUAUCCCCCACCUUUACCCCCCAAGACCUUCGGCAACAGUCCUGCUGACCCAUCUGGUGUCUACUCCCAACCGCCGGAGGUGGCAAUACGGUUUAGCCCCCGCAAUGAACCCAAAAAUGGCGUGUCCUCACUCUCGCACACCACCCUCCGUCGGUGGAUUGAGACACCUGCCGAGACCAGGCUUUCAUCGGAUGCCAGCUCCAAGUCCGGGUCAUCGGACCAGGAUAGGAACGAUCUGUCAGCCAGCGAAAGCGACGAAAGGUUACCCAGUCCAAUGCCCGGACAGGAUGACGGUCCAGACUCCCCUGGUCUGACAGAUAUGGUUCUGCCCACCACUUACUUUUCUGUGGAUAGCUGCAUGACUGACACUUACCGGGCCAAAUACCAUAAGAAGCCUGCUUUUUACAUGAAAGCAGAGGACCAUAUGUCCUCAGGGGAGAGUGAUGUCGAAGGACGGCUCCCUUUGCCAGAUGCUCAGCCACCAGAGAUUUCCAAAAGCAGAUCAGAAUCAGUCUUUGGCUUUUGUCCUGCAGGCUAUUCUACCACAAAGACUACUGCAAAGUGGAACCCAAUUACUCCAAAAGGACUUGAUGAGCAUGGCUUCCUAUGAUUUCAGCAAAAGCAUCAAAACACUUAAACCAGUUACUGGAUGCCAAAAGAAAUUGCUAUGCACUACGGCUGCUACACAGUUUUACUCCUAACUGGGAUGUGUAUUAGCUCAUUUACGUUUCAUAACAGGUAGUUGGACAUGAAACUGGAUGCCAAAGAGAUUGUAAAAAGAACGACAGGUGUCCUUAAUAGCUAUCUUGGUGGUAGGAACUGCUCAAAGCUUUGAAUGAGUAGUGAAUUUGCACAGUGAACUAGAAAGGUACAGUAAGAAGUAACAAACAUGCCUAAAAGAUUUUGCUGUUGAUCAUGUAUGGACUUUUGGAGCUCAAAAGCAAAGCGUUAGGUC